AUGGCAGCGUUCAUGUAUCCGAUGCAUUUCCCAACAGUUCCGUUACGGUGGGAUGAACCAGCAUGGGCGAUUUAUCGCACAGACACUAUGGAAGAAGCUUUGCUUCUCAGUGUAGAGGCACGAAUGCAUGCACAGUACGAACGUAAUCACUCGCCUUGUAUAUCGUAUGUCUAUGGUAAUGUAUAUGGUGGCAGCAUGUUGCAAGACAUUGAUGAUGUGGAAGAUGAAGAGGAACUUGCCGAUGAAGAUGAUGAGCAAAAUCAGUGA